CCCCAGCGUUGUGCCUGGACAUUUACAGUCUCCCCAGCGCCUCGCAAUGUGCACAGUUCCGGUCGUAUUGUGCCGCUGAGCUCGAUGUUCCAUCAUUUUUCCCGUACCUUGAGCAUUACUACUGUUCUGCGCUUCCGCGGCCGCUCAGCAACGCAGUCUUCCUUGUGGUUCUCCUCACCCUCUUCAUGGCCCUCGGACUAGCGGCUUCGGACUUUUUGUGCGUAAACCUCACGCUUCUCAGCGUAAUUCUUCACAUGUCUGACAACCUUGCGGGCACCACGUUGCUCGCAUUGGGUAACGGCUCGCCGGAUGUGUUUGGCACCUACUCCGCCAUGGACGUGGGAAGUGGUUCUUUAGCUCUCGGAGAAAUUAUCGGUGCUGCAUUGUUCAUUUCUUCGGUAGUUUUGGGGGCCGUGGCCUUAGUAAAGCCCUUUCAGGUGGCAAAGAAGACCUUCAUCCGCGACUUGCUCUUUUUUAUCGGGGGUAUUGUCCUUCUCUUCACGUUUAUUCUCAACGACGGCUACUUGAGUGUGGUGGAGUGCACGGUGCUUGUGGCGUACUACGGGGUCUUCCUUUUAGUCACCAUCAGCUGGUACUGGCGGGAUAAGGUGAAUGUGAUGCGGUAUCUCACAAACAAACGAUCCAGAGAGGCCUAUGUAACCUCCUGCCUACCAGAAUUCUCCCAGCGAACCGACCAUCUAGACCAAAGUUUAAUCGAAGCUGAAGAGUUUGCCCCAGAUAUCACAAACUUGGGAGACUCCGAGAAUCUCUCACCGCUUGACUUGUACACCGCGUCCCUCGUCUACGGCCAAGGUGGAAACACCCCUCCCCUUCUCGUAUAUGACGAGAUUUCCCAUUUUAUGGCCGUUAAAAAUAAAAGACCUCCACUCUCCCGCGUGAGGCCGUCGAUUCUCCAGGCCUUGGAGCUUAACGACGCAAUACAGUCCCUCAGAGAGGACGGAACCAUCCCUAUUGAGUUGGAAAGCAGGAAUGGCACCGCCCCCGUCAAACUCCCUCGGCCCUUCACCGCCCCAGAAGUCAGAUACAGAGGCUAUCCAGAUGAGCCAAACGGUCCGAUGUCCGUUUCUGCCCCAACCAGAUACCGCGACGAUCCUAACACCCCAACUGAGUCUGAUGCCACGCACUUUCAGAAGCUGAAUGUGUUUAUCAAGAGCUCAGGACAAAGCGACCUCCGGAGGGUCUUUCUCCCCCAUUUGAACAGCUUCAGAAAGCAGUCCUGGGUGUCCCAGGUGUGUUCCGUCUUGUGCCUACCUUUUGCGGUCUUGCUCAACAUAACCGUUCCAAUGAAACCGGAGGGCACGUCUGAGUCACGCAGCGCAAAGUACAAGCGUGUAUUGGCCACGGUCCAAGCGGUGCUCUCGCUUCCCACUAUCUGCUUUUUCUGGUUUGGCGAAUCGAUGAACCUUGCCUCUAUGUUUAUAGCCGUGGUGGUAUCUUUAACUUUCGGUGUGGUGACGUUUCAAACCCUCGAAAACGACCCACCAAAAUGGUUUGAUAUACUCUUUGCGGUCUGUGGCUUUGCCACAUCAAUCUGCUGGAUCUCAGGCUUUGCGAGCGAAAUUAUUGCGCUCUUAAAGACCUUGGGGUUCAUUUAUCGCAUCGACGAUGCCAUCUUGGGGCUCACCGUCUUUGCCAUAGGAAACUCUAUUGGAGACCUUGUGUCCAACUGGUCCAUUGCCAAAGGCGAUGCCCCGGCCAUGGCCAUUGCCGCAUGCUUUGCGGGGCCGUUGUUGAACAUCUGCGGUGUAGGUCUUAACGGGUUGUUGAUAAUCCCGAUGAAAGAGAUUGAAAAUGUGAUUGUUCCGGGAAAAGGCUACCGUAUUGAGAUUUCAUCCACCUUGGUAAUGAGUGGAUCCAUGUUAUUGGUCAGUGUGUUCUACACGUUGAUUGCGGUGGCAAGAAACAAGUGGAUCAUGGAUAGGUCUAUUGGGCUUGUGCUCAUCGGUUUCUGGGCCCUUCCUACGUUUGUUUCUGUGCUCGCAGAGAUAUUCUCUUAAGCCGUGUAAAUUUAAGAUUGAAGUGAAUCUUGCUGUUAUAGUGCCUUAGUGCAUGGAUGAGAAGGCAAACAUUGCGGAAUUAACGAAGCUAGGUAAGGGCCUCUCUGCUACGUCAAUGCUAUCAUGGUGCCUCCGAGGACACUGUGUUUAUU